UGCGAGCGCUCCCAAGACAGAGUCUGCCAAGUGUGCUGGGCGGCCAGGGUGAAUGCGAGUGCCUGGGUAACGGACUGGAGGCCUGACGCUCUCCCACGCGCGAGCCCCGCCCCUGUACAGACUUCCUCUCGCGCUGGCGUCCCCGUCUAUGCGCCGUGCUCCGUGCCUCCCCGUGAGCCCAGUGCUUAGGCGCCAGGCAUAAAGCCAGAAGGUACAGGGAACCCCAGCAGGUCAGAGUGGCAGCAGCGAACCUCUGACUACUGUGAGGAACCUCAGAGCGUAUGACCCUGCCACCAACACUUUGAACAUUCUCUGGGACCGUGUGGAGGGAAAUCCUCAUCAGUACAAGCUCUUCUAUGCACCACCAGCAGGUGCAAUCCCUGGGAAUUUCAAUUAUGCUAUUCUUAGGAAUCUGCAGCCAGAUACCACACACACCGUUACAGUAGUUCCUGUUUAUCCUGAGGGCGUUGGAGGGCAUACACCAGACGCUGGAAGGACAUUGGUGAGAGGACUGGCCAGAAAUGUCCAAGUGUACAAUCUGAUGCCAAACAGCAUGGAUGUUCGCUGGGAAUCUGCCCCGGACCGGUGCAGCAGUACCGUGUUCUGUGUUCUCACCUGGCUGGCAUGAGACCCUCGGAACCUGACCAUGAAGUGGACUGAGGAAUCUGAGUCUCUGGGGAGACAACCAACAGCAUCUCCACACCCUGGGAUCACACUGAUGGGCCAGUUCAGCAGUACAGGAUCACUUUUUCUCCCACCAUUGGUGACCCAGUCAGUGAAUAUGUCGUCCACACUCUGAUUCUCCUUUCCCAUCCUGGGCCUGAUGUUCAUGGAAUUCUGCAGGGUGCUACUGUUCUUACUGCCUGCUGGAGAAUUUUUGCUUUCCUGGUGUUCAUCUGGAGGACCGUCCUUGCUGAAAAGCCUCAAAAGUAUCAAGUUACUAUAAAGCACAUAACUGAGAAGAUCAAUAAUUUAAAGAAUGAAAACAGAGAACUUGCAGAAAAUAUAUCCACUUGGGAGCAGAAGACAAAUGAUUCAAAGAAAUGCUUAGAGGAGACCAUUAGGCAGAAGAAGAUGCUCUCUGACGAAGCACUUAAGUUUAAGCCAGGCAUUUUGAAUGCAAGAUCUGAGGAUUCGAUGCAGAGAGCCGUGAAUACUGAGGAAUGUAACCUGGAAGAACGUGAAGGUAAAGUGGAAGACCACCGUGCUGCAUCGGGAUCUGUGAAACUGGGAGAGGAAGCGAAAUUCCAAAGGCUGGAGCAAAGAAUACGCUUCCUUAAAGAAAUUGCUGGACAGUUAAAUAGGAAGCUGGACAUGAAAAGAUGUGAGCUGGUGGAAAAGAAGCAGCUAUUAGCAGUAGAAGAGAAGUUGAAAUUGGGUGAAGAAGAGACACAAAAGUACAAGAGAAGACUUGAAGAAUGCCAAAGGCAAAUGCAGGAAGCAGAGAUCGCCUGGAGACACCAGAUCGCUCUUGCUGAGAAGAAGGCCCAAGACAACUGGCUCAGGGCUCAGGCGUUGGAGAGGGAAAAUGCUGAGAUGAGAAGGGAAGUCGCCUACCUGAAACAAAGCUUUGGUUGAUGUUGGUGCUUUUGUCUGUCAUCCGACACACCUCUCCCUUCUGUUCUGCGGAUCAAUACGUAUGCAAGUGGGGCCUCAGCAACAGCCACAGCCACCAGUUUCUCUACCUGGUAAGAUGAAAGCAUAUUCCUCUGUUCCCUUGCUGAGUCUUUGCAGAAGAAGGGGAGGUGUCACUCCAGGGCUUUGCAGUGCCCGGGAAAACCUGACUGAAGACAUUGUAACAUUCCUCUAGUUUCUUAGCACACAUGUUUGAUGGACUGUGUCAUUUCCCCAUCCUAAUCUGGGAAGCAGGUGUCUCAUGUAGGGGAAAAAAAUGGCCUUCUGACAGAAGGCAGAAAUGUCAGUUCUGUACAUGUGCCUUCAAUAUAGACCUCGUUCUGGGCUCUGGGAGGGAUGAAGCGCACCCCGAACUUCAAGGGCUUAAGAUGUUCCUUCAAGGGAUGGAGGUGAGAGAGAGGGAGACAGAGACACUCAUAACAGACAGCUUGUCAUCACCAUAACAGACAUGCCAGUACAGGGCCCCGGAGCACAAAAGUGGGACACGUGAGCCACCCAGGAGUAUACAGGAGGGUGUGGAGGGGAAGGAAGAAAUUGAGGGGGUGCCCAGUGGGGGGUUGUUGGAUUCACUUAGAUGGAUCUGGAAGGCCAUUCCCGGCAGGACGGGCAGUUGGGGUGGGACGUGUGAAGGCAGCAUGAGGGCCUCACAGAGCCAUGUAUGUGUUCAGGGGACUCAGUGUUUCCGUGCAGGGAUCCCCAUCAGAACCCACUGCUGCCAGAAAUCCCUUGGUUCACAAUGUCAUAUAAAGAUGACUGUUUCUCUUAGAUUUCUGAAAGUUCUGGAUCUGGGUGAAAGAAAGCUCUGGAUAUCAGAGAAACUGAAACUUAACUUGGUUUACUCAGGAUAUUUUGUGUGGCUGAAGGUUAUUUUUGCCCCAGUGAUUUGAAAAGUGCAGGCAGGAUUUAGAUCAGCUGAGCAGCUGCCUCGGUCUUCAGCGUGAGGUAGGUUCUUUGGGGGAAGUCAGGGGUGAUCAGGGGACCCCCCUGCAGGACCCCUCUCCCCACACCCCUGCUCCCUCUAGUCACCACCCCGACUGUCAGCUUGGCGUCUGCCACAUUUAUGUCACAAUAUCUGAUUUCUGAUUCUUUGCUUGAAUUCCUACAGUUCAGCCCCUAACACCAAGACUCAGUGGGACUUCCACAGAGUCUCGGCUUUGUUGUCCAUGAACCAAGGGUAAUAUUGGUUUCUGAUGUCAUUGUGAGGAAGAUCGGGUCAAGAACACAUAUUAUUUUGCAAAAUGACUGGGACAUAUCUCUCACUCAGCAUUCUCAUAGUUUAAAAGAAAACGUCUGCACACAGAAUCAUCAAACGAUAUCCCGGGAAGUACAUCAACUUAAACUAAAGAUAAAAAAGCUCAGGCCCAGAGUUUACCGUUCUCUGCUUUAAAGAUAAGGUGAAGAGUCCUUUCUUCUAUUAAAACUCACGCCCUACUAGUUAAAAAAGGAAAUAUAAGAAUGAGAAUGUGCACAUUCCGCGAUCUGUGUCUGAGAUGUGAAAACAAUUAUUUUCAUUAUAUAUAGACAUGGAUAUGCACACAUGAACUACAGUGUCCAUCAGAGGCCAUACGUACAUUUGAGAAGACAAAAUUGGAAAAAAAUAAGAUCCCAUUAAAAUAAAUAAAACUCUCUUUGUCUUACAGCACAGUCAGUAUGAAAUUUGAAGAGGACCCUGAGCUGCGGCAGUGAUACAUUUAGAGAAGAUGUCAGAGGUUCAUUAUGGCCCAAAUGUCUCCCUGCUCCAUCCUGCCCCCUCUGACAUUGUCUCUCCUAUUGUCACCCCAGUGAACCUGUCACAGGUCUCUGUGUCAGUGUCUGCAUCCUGGAGUACCAGUGGUCACACCCUCUCAAGGGCUCACAGUAUGAUUCAUGGGCGCACAAUUCACAAACCAGCAGAAGCUAGGGUGAUGGGACAGAUAGAUGCAAGGUUACCCCUUUGGGGCAGCAGUGACUGCAGGGGGGCCCAGGAGAUCCUUCUGAGGCGGUGGACACAGCCUAUGUCUAGAUCCAGUGAUGAUUGUUUCUUCAGUCUAUAAACACUCACUUGGGCAUGUGAAGCCUGUCGGUCACAGGGGCGCCUGGUCAUGAGAUAGAUGACCAGAAUGCAGUGGCCAUGUCUCAUGGUGAGGAAUGGACAAGGUGCAGGAGUGGCCGUGGGAGUCCAGCGAGAGGGCCCCACAUUAACCCAGUCUUGUGCCCCUGCCCCACGUGUCAGCUGCCCCAGCAGCCCCAUUUCCAGGCAGACUCUGAGGGGGACUGAAGGCAGCAGUUUUCUUAGUAAGUCCUGUGAGCUGCCUUAAUCCUGUGACAAUUUCCUUAUUGUGAAAUGAGCAAGGCAGGGGUCAGUGGUUGGGACACCAGCACUGCCAAGGAGAAGGUGUUGGGUAGAAAAAUCUGGCUCCCUUCUGGCCUCCCACACCACUCCCUUCUGCCCCAGCUGCCCCUGGAGCCUGCGGGGCCCUCCCUCCUUCCAGGUUGGGGAGGUGGCCAGCCCUGCAGCAGUGCUGGGGUCCAGGCUGGGUCACCAGCAGGUCAAGGUGGGACUGUGCUGCCCAGGAAGAGGGGAACAGCAGUGCAGCAGUAAAGGCCAGCAUGAGCAGCCUCUGUAACCGGAUCCUCCACUGUGAGCAGGGCCGGGGCCACAACGCGGCAGUGCAGGUGGGAGGGCCGGGAGAGGGGGGGCCCUGUGGUCCUGGACAGGGCUGGACCGGAGCCCAGGGCUUGAGGGCCUAGGGGAGAGAGAGAGAAAGAGACAAGCAGGGAGAGAGACAGUGCAUGAGUGACUGAGAGGGAGAGGUGGGGGUCAAAUCCUAGAGAGUGACAGGAGGUGAUAGAGGGGGACUGGGUAGGGAGAAGCAGAGACAAGAUGAGGCAAGAAGGAAAGAGGGAGCCAACCCAGGGUGCAUGGUGGGGAUGAAAGGCCAGGGUGGAGCGACUCUGGGAAGGGGGCUUGGCCCAACCUUCACCAAGUCCCACAGCUGCCACUAUCAGGGCCCCAGGGACCAGCAGCCCAGCCUGACAGGCACCAUCAGCCCUCAGGACGGGGCUGAGAGCCGCGCCCACUGGCCACUGGCCACUUCCUGGUAAGGAGGACCAGGAGGGCUCCCCCCCAGCACCACAGCGGCGCCAUCUGUAGCUUCAAAAAGACCCUGUGAGCAGGCACCAUCCCGUCCCCAUUUCACAGCCAGCUGACUUGGCCCUGUCUGCAGGGCUAUUCACUUUCCUGAUGCUUCUUUCCCAGUCAGGCCGGUGCCCCUGUCCUGAGAAGGGAGCCUGUGACAGGCCCGCAGGCCUGGGUCCCACCUGACUGCCCUCCUGUGCUGGGUGACCUGGGCGGGUCUCUUCCCCUCCCUGGGCCUCUACUGUAUGACCGACAGCCCUUCUCCCCAGCUUUCAGGGAAGUGGGACCCCAGCAGGCCCACCGCUCCUGGCCUCCCAGGCCCCUGGGCGAGCAUGGGGUGAGCUCUGGCUCUCGUGGGAACUCCUCUAUGUGUGGGGUGAUGGCCCACGUGUGCUUAUCAUUUUUUAUGGGGUCACAUCCUGCUAUUUCCAUCUAGAAUGGGACUAUCUACCCCGGAGCCUGAAACUUGGUUUUCCAGAUUUUUCUAAAUUGGCCCUUGUACAAAAGAGCCGCUCCCCUGGCCAGGAUGACAAACCCAGUCCUGGUGAGGAGGCCUUGGCCCUUCCUACUCCCCUCACCUCGCUGCUGCUGGUCACCCCCAAACUCCAGAGACAUGCCCACCCCCUGGAAUUCCCUGCUCCCCCUCCCCAUGCCAAGCCCAGCCCCUCUCUCCCCACCUUGGAGGCCCUGCCUCCUGAGGGAAAUUGUGGGGCUAGUAGGGUCAGGACUCCAAGCCCUGUAUCACAGCAGGGGGCACCCCCGCUGAGUCGUGAGAGGCCUGGAGGCGAGGGUGGGGCUCUGAGCCCCAAGAUGGGCUGUGUAUCCUUCAUCAGGUCACAGCCUCUCAGCCCAGCAUCAUAACCUCACAUAGCCUUCUGGACCCACAUGGCCGGGAUGUCACUCACUCACACACUCAGGCUCCAGCCCCUCUCCCCACCCCCAUGCAGGCACUUACAAGGCACACAUGCACAUACAGGGACAUGUACACACAUAUGCAUGGGGAUACACACAUACAGGGGCACACACACACAGACACUAGUACACACACAAGGACACAAACACAGGCUCACCUGCCCAGCUGCCAGGAUGCCACUUUUUCAUUAUCUUACAUGUCACUGCUUUAAUAAAAUUCUUUAAUUAAUACAUGAAUAUUCAAAUGUAAAUGCUGGAGAAGGUGUGGAGAAAAGGAACCCUUGUACACUGCUGGUGGGAAUGUAGUUUGGUGCAGCCAUUAUGGAAAACGGCACAGAUUCCUCAAAAAACUAAUAACAGGUUUACCAUAUGAUCCAACAAUCCCACUCCAGGGCAUAUAUCCAGAGGGAACCUUAAUUCAAAAAGAUACAUGCACCCCAAUGUUCAUAGCAGCACUAUUUACAAUAGCCAAGACAUGGAAACAGCCUAAAUGUGCAUCGACAGAUGACUGGAUAAAGCAGCUGUGGUAUAUUUAUACAAUGGAAUACUACUCAGCCAUAAAAAAUGAUGAAAUAAUGCCAUUUGCAGCAACAUAGAUAGCCCUGGAGAAUGUCAUUCUAAAUCAAGUAAGUCAGAAAGAGAAAGUAAAAUACCAUAUGAUAUCACUCAUAUGUGGAAUCUAAAAGGAAAAAAAAGACAAAUGACUUAUGUGUAAAACAGAAACAGACUCACAGACAUAGAAAAGAAACUUAUGGUUACCACUGGGGAAGUGGGUGGAAAGGGAUAAAUUGGGAGUUUGAGAUUUGCAGAUACUGACUGGUAUAUGUAAACAGAAAAUAAGUUUAUACUGUAUAGCACAGGGAACUAUAUUCAAUAUCUUGUAGCUUAUGGUGAAAAGGAAUAUGAAAAUGAAUAUAUGUAUACUUA